UUGCGACUAUGGAUAAUAUUGUGAUUUUUUCCUGGUGUUUCAUGAUCAAAUUAAAAAUCUAAAGCUCAAUACUUUAAAGUCAUUGGUGUUUUAUUUAGCUAACAGGACUGAAAACUGCCUCUUUCCGUUGGUAUGUAGAUCUUAAACUAGCAUUAAUCUUGGAUUUCAAUGAAGAUGCCUUGAGUUUUAAUGGUACAAAUAGGAUCAGCUAAAUGGUUGUGUUUCUUGGAUCAACACCACUUUGUUGUAUCCUUCUCUUUGUUUAGUAACUCGGUUAUAAUUUUAAGGCUACAUUUAUCUUUCUCUAGUCGGAUUGACCAAUUUCAGUUUUCUGAUCACAUUUUAAUUAAGCAAAAAAAGCCUCGUCUUUCUGUGUAAUACCUGUUUUGCCUGUGGAAACAGGGUUUCACUUGAUUUAAGUUUUAUUAGAUAUCAUGUUUCUUAAAGAUCAGUCUCUUUUGGUGUCCCUUGGACCUUGGUAUGGUAGUCUUACCAUUUCAGCUGUUGCUGCAUUACCUUAUGGUCUAGUACUCUAUUGUUUUGACUCUAUUUACUCUACUUGGUGUUUUGAAAACAAAAGACCUACCUUUACUUUGAAUGCGAGGAAAGUUGUGCUUCUUUAGACAGCAAGGGGGAACUGUUCUGUUCUUUUUUUUAGCAGAGUUUUUAAUCAUGCGCUCUAAGCUUUCAAUAGUUGUUUUACGAUACUGAUUUCCUUCAAAGCUUCUUGGUGGCCUGGUGUAUAUUUUAUAAACCAGGACAUACAGGGUUAUUCACUCAUGACGAACUAGGAAGCUUUUGAUAAUGCCAUAAAGCUUUAUUGUUUGAUCAAGCUUCAAGCCCAAAAUACCUGAUGUUGGUUAUUUUUUACCUUAAGCAUUAUUUUUUCUGUGGCUAGUUGCAGUAAACCAUUGAUAACAAUGAAUAGAAUGUUAAUAUCUCUCACUUUUUGUGAUUACUUGAUGAUGAUACUACAUUCUAAAAUGCCAGGAGAACUAUGAGUAUUUAGUUCAAUUGUGAAUUUUAUUGUUAGUCUUGCCUGAUGUAACUGUAUUGAUUAGUUGCCUUAACUCUUGAAUUUUUGCUUUUUAUUACUAAAGUAUGGUGCUUUCCUGACACUCGGUAGUUUCAUGUUUUCCUAUGGGAUAUAAAUUUUGUAAAAUUGAUGGCCCUAUUGGUGUUUUUGAUAUCAAACAGGAGUGAAGAUUAUCCUCUACCAUGGCAGUGUGUAGCCUUGUAGAUAUUAAAUUUGCAUCAUUGGUUUGAUCAGUCAUAAAAUGCUUUGAUGAGGGAUUUUUUUUUGUUGGAUAAGCUAUGUGGCUGUGUUUCUUGUGUCAAAGACCAUUUUAUUUGUUGCAUCCUUUCUUUGUCUUUCUUGAAGUUUUCUUUGAGUUCAAUGAUUAUUGUGGUCGAUUCUGUAAAACUUUUAGACUGUGUAUCUUUGUCAUGUUGGAUGGGCCAAUUAUCUUAAUUGUAGCCUCAUCCUUGGUCUUGAGUUUAAACUAGACUAGAUAUAUCUUAAUUUUAAAACCAUUAUAUCUUUACUCCAAGUCUGAACAAGAGGAAGGUUGUGCUUCUGUUGUUAACUUUGUAAUAGGGGAAAAUUGUUCUAUUCUUUUGCUGGAUUUCAGGAUUUAUGCCCUGAACUUUGAAAAAGUUGAAUGUGGAUUCUGAUAUUCUUACCAGUGGCAGUGGGGUGGUCGUAUGUUGAACAAUUGAAGCUAUAUCAAUAUCAUCCAGGAUAUAUUAAGCCAAUUAAGGUAAGUCAUAACUAUUACGCUUCUGAUAAUUUGCAAUUUUUUCAAAAUUUUCUUGUGACGAAAGCUGUAAGCUCAAGUUCUUUGCAAUGUAUAAAAGGGUAUGAAUUGCUCUAUUGGGGUUAGCUGGAAAAAAUUGUCUCUUCUUUCAAUUUCAGUUCAUUUCUUAUGAAGUGCUACUUGACUCAUCAGCUAAUUGUGUCAAAUGGGUAGUCCCAUCUGUCUAAAGGCCAACCUCUUCAAAAUAUUGGGACUUGGGAGUUGGCUAGCAAACUCAAGAUGGAUAUUAUGACUCACAAAUUUAGUUGGGCCUGGGCUGGCCCUCUUUAUCAUUAUACAAUAGUUAUGGGCUAAAGCCCAAUUUUCUUUUUCUUUUUUUUUUUUUUUUUUUUUCUUAUAAAAAUUUUCCGAUUACUUUGACUAAGCCUUGCUAAACCCCAGAGCUUGAGAUUGAGCAACAAUGGCGGAAUUUCCGACUGAAAUAAUCACCGAAAUUCUGUCGCGGUUACCAGUAAACUCAUUACUCCGCUUUAAAUCAGUCUGCAAAUUCUGGAAUUCCUUAAUCAAAUCCCCCAAUUUCAUCAAAACUCAUCUCAAUCAAACCCUAAUUUCGAACUUUGAUCGUUAUCUCCUCAAAUCAUCAGCAGAUUCCUCUUUUUUCAUUUCCAAGCUCGACCUCCACAAUAACCAAUUCUCCUUCUCGGGACUCGACCACCCUCUCGAAUACGAGGAAGUCGAAUUGUUUGGUUCCUGCAAUGGCGUCAUUUGCAUUUCUGAUUACGCCAUAAUCGACGUAUUCUUAUUCAAUCCUCUUACUAAAUCAUAUCGUAAACUCCCUGUCAAACGAAUUCCGAACCCAGAACGUGAUUUUGUGUUGUUCGGAUUUGGGUAUGAUAGCAAAAACGACGAUUACAAAGUUUUGAGGAUUCUUCAAGGGUAUAGUUAUCGCAAAUGUUGUUAUGAUGAAGUUCAAUUGUAUAGUUUGAACAACAAGUCAUGGAAAUCUGUUCAAGGUAUUCCGCAUCCAUAUUAUCUCCCUUUUGCUGAUUGUCAUGGUGUUCUUGUUAAUGAGGUUUUACAUUACAUUGUCAGUUCUGAUGAAUUGGAAUUGCAGCAAUGUAAGAUGAUUGCUGGUUUCGAUCUUCGGACCGAGAGUUUUUCGCUUAUUGACUGUCCCAUUCAUGAUGAAAAGACAAAGACUUAUUGGGACUUUUUGGAAUUUCAUUUGAGGGAAUUGGGUGGGUGUUUAUCUGUUGUGGUAGCGUACCUUACUAGAGAUUAUGCUUGCAUGAUGCCUAUUUUGCAUAAUCGUGAACUUGAACGAGCUGAUUUGUGGAUAAUGAAGGAGUAUGGAAACAAUGAAUCCUGGGUUAAACUGUUUAGUGUUUGUAAGCUGCCUAAUAUUCGGAGAUUUGUUGGUUUUACCCCUGUUGUCUACUCCAAAGAUGGGCGACAAAUUUUGAUAGUGAUGGAUUGUUUGGAGGCUGGUUGGUAUGAUUUAGAGUCCGGGAAAUUUGAGAAAGUCACGGUUCGUGGGCUGCCUGAUACUUAUUUCGACACUGGUUAUUUCGUGGGCAGCCUUGUUUCACUUGAAUUUAAGCCACAGCCAAGUGAAAUUGUGAAAAGGAAGAACAAAAACAAUAAAGUUUCAGAUACUUUUCUUGCUAAGGGUUUCAAGCUGAAGCUAUGAGCCUAUUGUUUAUGCUGGGAGUUCAGAACUAUAAUAUCUCUCUGCUGUAGGUCUAGUAGAUAUACUCGAUUGCUCACCCUCCAUGAAUUUCUUGAAGGCUGAAUUACUCAGUGUUCCAGAUGAUAUAUGACCCAGAUUUAAGAUACAAGGUUACAGGUGCCAAUCUGAUGUAAAUAUGCAGCAUCUAGACAUUUCAUCCUUUCAGCUUUUAAUUAGAGAUGGUUCUCUUACUGAUAGAACUACUACCGAUUUAAACUGUUGUGUUUUUUACUGCAUUUGUAAAGAACUGAAAAGAUUGGUCAUUUGAAGUAGAUUUGCAUGUUGAUAUUUUGGUGAUGAGAUUAUGAAAUAUUGGAUUUUUAUUCUGUCCUUCCUAAUAAUAUACUCAGAUUAGCAUCUUAUGUCUAA